CCAAAAUAUGGUGGCUCCAUUUAAAUCCAGGCAAGAGCAUCGCAAGAACAUUGAAUUGGAAGAAGCGCGUAAGGCUGGGCUUGUCCCUGCUGAAGUCGAUAAGAAUGGAAAGGAGAUCAAUCCUCAUAUACCCAAAUAUGUGGCUGAUACACCUUGGUAUAUCAAAACCGAGGAGGGACCUAGUCUAGAGCAUCAAAGAAAGCCCGAAUCAAAUGUGAAUGGCAAGAAGAAAUCACAGUAUGACAGAGGUGCGAAGCUAUUCCAGGCCCUUACAUAUAGGAAGGGUGCAUGUACGAACUGUGGAUCCAUGAAACAUGAUGCCAAGUCAUGUACCGAAAGAACGAGGAAAGUUGGAGCAAAAUGGACUGGCAAGUACAUUGCUCCCGAUGAGAUGAUAGAGACUCUUGCACUUCUCAGCUAUGAUGAAAAGCGGGACCGGUGGAAUGGAUAUAAUCCAUCAAGCUAUGCCCAUGUUAUUAAGAGAUAUGAAUUACAUCAGGAAGCUCGAAACAAAUACUUGAAGGAAGAACGAAUCCAGAAAUUAGAAGAUGAGACUGAUGAUAUCAGGGUAGAUGAAGCCAAGGCUGAUGAGAGCAAGCAAACAGACUUCGCAAAGGUCGAGAAGCGUGUGCGCACAACGGGUGGUGGAAGCACUGGAACUGUCAGAAACUUGCGUAUUCGUGAGGACACAGCAAAAUAUCUUCGGAAUCUUGAUGUCAACUCUGCGCAUUAUGAUCCGAAAAGCCGGUCCAUGCGUGAAAACCCUAAUCCAGAUGCAGAUCCGAACGAGCAGUUUUACGUGGGAGAUAAUGUAUGGAGAAACACUGGUCAAGCUCUGGAGUUCGGGCAGAUGAACAUUCAUGCUUUGGAAGCAUUUGAGAGGGGACAAGAUGUUCACAUGCAAGCAGCUCCAUCCCAAGCUGAGUUUCUUUAUAAAAAUUAUAAGGCGAUUAAGGAGAGAUUGACUUCACAGACGAAUUGCACCAUUCUAGAAAAGUAUGGCAAUGCAGCUAGUGGAGAAGAACUUCCUAAGGAGCUUCUACUGGGACAGAGCGAAAGAGAUGUUGAAUACGAUCGAUCUGGGAGGAUCAUCAAGGGCAAGGAAGAAGCGGUUCCGAGGAGCAAAUAUGCAGAAGAUGUCAGUAUCAACAAUCAUACUUGUGUGUGGGGUUCGUGGUGGAAAGGUCACCAAUGGGGCUACAAGUGUUGUAAGCAGUUUAUGCGAAACAGUUAUUGCACAGGUGCUGCUGGAGUUGAGGCUGCAAUACAUCUCUUGGAGCCUUAA